AUGGAUAUUCUUUCUCUAUCUUGGUACAUGGCGUAAUCUAAUCUACACACGAAGCCCUAGGGAAAGCUUGAGUGGCAAGCUAUGAAGAUCUCCCUCUACAUCAGGGAUGUCCUACAAAGAGGCAUAAUGUAGCUUAGCUAGUGAUUGAUCGAAUACUUCUUCCACUGAUCCCGUCCCGCAAGAAGAUCACGAUUUCAUAGCUCCGCAUCCGACAUGGCUGCCUCCGAUUCACGGCUUGAGCAAAGCAGCGCCGGAUUGUGACCGAGCAGCGUCAUCGUCUUCGUCUGCCGCAUUGAUUGCCGCACUGGAUCAACUGGCCCGAGCGAUUCCCGAUUCCCGGGCAACCAAGAACUGGAAGAGGGCUUACACUGCGAUCAAGAGGCUCAUGAAAGGCGAGGCAGAGUGCUGUCGGGACUGGAGCUUGGAAUUUGGAGCUUCUACAGCCCGUCACGCUUAUACAUUUCAGGCUUCUCUACAAUCAUGCUUGUCUUUCAAGCGAUGGCGGGGUCUAGGCAUGAACGAUGGACACAUGUGUGGAGUUUCAACAUCGAUUUCCUGGACGGGCUCAUCACAGCGCUUUAUACGAUUGAAAUGGUGUUACGAAUUUUGGCUCUUGGUUUUAUCAGAGGUCGUCACUGCUACAUGCGGAAUCCAUACAAUAGGCUCGACUUUGUCAUUGUUUUCGAUUCCUGCUCUUUGGGAGGUGCAUAACUGCACAUGA